AGAAACAGAAUGACGAAUUUAUGGGAGUCAAUCGAAUCAUAGAAAAAAAGGGUUUGGACAAAUGUCGUAAAGUGCUAGGACCAACUUAUUGUGAGGACGUAGGAAUACACCGCGCGUCGGGUCUAGCUUUCAUAAGUUGUGACCCGUCGCGUCCUUACUUCAAUUCAGUGCUUGGAUUUGGUAAUUCUAGUAUGGCAAAAGGUGAUGGGUCGAUAUGGAUGUACGAUCUAAACUCGAACGCGUCGCCAAUUCUCCUGACCACAGACUUUAAGAAACCUUUUCACCCUGUUGGCUUGUCGAUCGCACCUUUGGGCGUGACCCCGAUUAAAACUGCUGUUGCUCCUCUGCUGUUCACACUGGUGGUCGUUAACCAUAACGACAAUGACAACCGAACUGUGGAAGUUUUUGAUUUUCGUAGCGACACAAAAUCACUAAUUCAUCGUAAAACCAUUUCUUCGCCACACAUUUCUAGCCCGAAUCGUGUCGCAGCGGUUACCUAUCAACCAAGUGUCGACGGUAUUCCAUCAUUCUUUGUCUCGAAUGAUCAUUACUUUACUAAUAGUAGAUGGCGCCGUGUUGAAAGGUAUACGGCUGCAGCCUUUGGUAGUGUAUCAUUUUACAAUGCUCGUGCAGACAAAGCGAUGGUAAUUGGAUGGAGACAUCAACAUCCUUCGGGUAUAGCAGCCACUGAGGAUGCGAGUCAAAUUUUUGUCUCAGAUACUUGGUCAGGAAAUGUCGUCGAAUAUCGGGCACAUUUUUUUAACAGGGAGAUCCUAAAUGACAAGAUUAACACCUCAGGAGGACAAGUCACAAUAAUUUGGCCACUUUAUCUGACAACAAAUUCAGUGACUGCUGAUUACGCAGUAACGGGCGUUGACUUUGAUCCACUGAGCAACGAUUUGUAUAUUGUCGGACACCCGAAGUUUCGUGAUUUCAUUGCUCAUGCGGAAUCACUUGCAACUGGUAAUUAUAGUUCUCGGAUAUCACCUUCACUGGUCACAAAGAUCACGCAUAUUCCUUCAAAAUCAAAUGAUCACGAUGGAAAUAUAUUUGUCCGUAAGAAGUACACCGCCGAAACCUUUUUUGAAGAUGACGGCACAACAUUUGGAUCCAGUAGCGGAGUUGCAGUGGACGCGUUGCGAAACAAGUUGUUAAUUGUUGGGAGUUAUGAAAGUGGAUUUAUGGAGUGCAAACUAAAUUGA